AGUGGUAGAAUCCAUCGUUGCCAUCUCACCUGACCUCGCUCAGGUCCCGUGACUCGAUGGGGCCCGUGUUCGAUUCACGGAUGAUGCAUUGAAAUAUAAUAUCUUCUUUUUGUAUCCUAUUUUUUGCCGUAUCUUUCUUUCUAUGCCCCUCACAGAGUUUGGUUGAAUAUGUUUUUUGACACGAAUGGUGGUAUUGUUGGUUGUUUCGUGUGCACUUCGUUACUCUCAGAUCAGGGCAUCACAUCUGUUUACGUGCAUGCACUCCCACUUGCCCAUCCAGGUCGCUACAGGGCCAUGCCAUUGUACCAGGUAUAGUUAUAUUUUAUUACACAAGAACGAUAUAACUAAUCAAUCUUCUACGGACUUCAAUUCUGCCUAUCUCAGUAAGCCCCUGAGUGCUUCACUCUGCACGAGUUCGAUCCGAUCGUCGUUCAUAACAUGUGUCAAUCGAUUGAACCAGCCAGGUUAAUACAGUUAGGACACCGGCUCGAUAAUUAUUAAUAAUACAGGUAGGAUAGCUCUCAAAUCCUCGUUUCGGGAAACUUCAAAAUGCCACCCUAGCGUUCGGACCCGCCCGCUGGCCAAAACACAGUUUCCCCAGAUUCAAGCGGGUAGAAUAAGAGACUACUCAGGCCGCGCCAACGGUGCGACGUUUCAUAUUUUGCGGGGUAGCUCUUUUAGUUCUCCGUCGAAGCUUGGGGGAGGAAGAAUGUGCUGGACAGAAUCCGAAAAGUCAUGAUGUCGCCGGCACUCGCCGUCCCAAUCAAACAGUGUCGUCGCGAAUUCAGUUUCAGCGCCUGACUAGCUUGCGCUGUCAAGGUCGCGGCUUGCUGGUCUGACCUAUGACAGGACGAUUUUGUCCUAUCAGCAAGGAAGAAGACAUUGCGGACUUCUCCGCCGUGUGGUAGUCCCCAGUUAUGGAGUCCAAGUUGGACAAACUCAGAAUAUCCAUGCAUGCCGAGCUUGAUAACGAAAGAUGAAUGUGUCUUCCGUCCAACUGCGCAUUUUCAAUAUUGCGAGACAGGCAGCUCCUCAUUGCUUUCAGAUAAACCCCGAGAAGCUGUAUUUGUAACAUCCAGAGGGCAGACAGGGACAAGAUCUUGGCUGUCCACAGAUAUGGGUCCGCUCAUAAUGAGUUUGUAAUUCCCAAAGAGAAUCGGGGUUUUGCCUACUGGCUUACCUGUAGCCACCCAGCAAGCUCAUGUUUCUUGCAUGUGCUACGGGGCGCCGCUGACACAAAGCUGGGAUUGGUUCGGGAAACAACCUGCAGUUGAACCCUCCCCGAGAUUUCCUUGGUUCGGUCGGUCCUCUUCCCUUGCUUGCUCUGCGCCAGCCGAGCUGCAGCCAAAAGCCGAACAGACCCGUAAAAAAGCACAAGAAUGACCAAUGAAACAGCUGCAUUUUUACGAGCGAUAAGAUAUUGGGACAAAAUAAAAAGAAAAAAAAUGGAGACUAUAAAAAUGGCCGACACAAAUCCUACUCUAAAUAAAAUAAUUAUAACCUCCAGAUGCAUGCGACUCCUUAUAUAGCCGGGGCAUCGCUCCAUUGCCCUCGCUCUUUGCCUGGCCGUCCUCCCGUUCUCUAGAUACAGGCCUACUUCGCUUUUUCCUCAACCGCUCCCCCAAGCCCCCCCCAAGUGUGCACAGCCCGUCAAGAUGAAGGAUUGGGGUGCUGCUGUCAACCGUGCUGUAGCGGGCAGCAUUGUCGGCCGCCGCUUCAGGCUGGAGGGUUCUGGCCAUCGACAUGAGCGAAAGGGCACGCGCUUCUUGACUGAAGUCCGUGCCGGCCUCACCACAUUCUUUGCCAUGGCCUACAUCAUAUCUGUCAAUUCCAACAUCACUUCUCAAUCCGGCGGCACAUGUGUUUGCAACGACCCAGUGGACCCAACAUGUAUGGGAAACACGGAAUAUGAGUUGUGCUUGAAUGCGAUCAGGCGGGACUUCAUUACGGGCACUGCGGCGAUAGCUGCCCUUUCGUCGUUCUGUAUGGGUUUAUUUGCCAAUAUGCCAAUCGCAUUGGGCCCUGGAAUGGGUUUGAACGCAUAUUUCGCGUAUAACGUUGUUGGAUUUCGUGGCACUGGCCCUGUUCCUUACCGACUUGCGCUUACUGCUGUCUUCGUUGAAGGGUUUGUCUUCGUGGGUUUGUCGGUAUGCGGAAUGCGCCAAUGGCUGGCAAGAGCUAUUCCACGGUCGAUUAAGCUGGCUUCAGGUGCUGGUAUCGGACUCUAUCUAUCUCUCAUAGGCUUAACCUACAGUGCAGGUAUUGGUGCCAUCACUGGCGACACGGCAACGCCCCUAACUCUUGCUGGAUGUGUGGAGAGCGAAAUGGUAGACGGAAUAUGUCCCCCUGGAGCCAAAAUGCGCAACCCAACGUUUUGGGUCGGCCUAUUCUGUGGUGGCGUGUUCACCUGUAUCCUCCUCAUGUACCGUGUCAAGGGCGCCAUCAUCGCCGGUAUCCUACUCGUGUCAAUUAUCUCCUGGCCCCGUCCGACCAACGUCACCUUCUUCCCACACAAUCCCAAGGGAGACGACUCAUUCGACUUCUUCAAGAAGGUCGUCACCUUCCACCCCAUCAAGAACACACUAAUAGCCCAUGACUGGGAUCUCAGCAACGCAGGCGGCCAAUUCGGCCUGGCAUUUAUAACCUUCCUCUACGUCGACAUUCUCGAUGCGACCGGCACCCUAUACUCUAUGGCACGCUACUGCGGCGCAAUCAAUGAAAGAACCCAAGACUUUGAAGGAUCCGCCAUAGCCUAUAUAGUCGAUGCGUUGAGUAUCUCAAUUGGCUCCCUUCUAGGCCUGUCUCCCGUGACAGCUUUUGUUGAAUCGGGCGCCGGUAUUGCUGAAGGAGGCGCCACAGGUAUCACUGCCAUGGUCACGGGACUCUGCUUCUUCGUCUCCAUUUUCUUCGCGCCUAUAUUCGCCUCGAUCCCGCCGUGGGCUACUGGCUGUACGCUCGUCCUGGUCGGGUCGAUGAUGACUAAAGUCGUAUCAGAGAUCAAUUGGUCGUACGUCGGUGAUGCGGUUCCGGCCUUCAUUACUCUGGCGGUUAUGCCUUUUACAUACUCGAUUGCGUACGGCCUCAUCGCAGGGAUCAUGUCGUAUAUCCUGCUGAACACGGUGGCUUUCAUCAUUGAGAAGGCCUCGCGCGGCCGCAUUGUGCCACAUAAUAAGAAUCUGAAAGAGCCGUGGUCAUGGAGGGUUCCUGGGGGGAUUCUGCCAGCGUGGUUGGUUCGGUUGGUGAAUGGCAAGAGAGAUUUCUGGCGCGAAGAUAUCCUGGAUAAUCAAGACUAUUCACCCGGCACCAACUCUAACACCAAUGCGGCGGAAACUGAAGGGUACGCCGUCAGGGAAAAUAAAGGCGCUGGCGUCACUGCGGGUUCCACAAGUGAUAGUGGCGACGUGCAAAAGGAACAGUAGUGCACGGUAGAAGUAGCGGGCUGCUUAUUGAUGUCUUUGGUUUGUGACUGGGAUGCACGAGUUUUCGUCUCGAGACGGUGCAAUGAUGGGUCGUAUUUGGGCCCCUUGUUGGGAGCGUAUCCCUGGCUGCCCGCAGGAUGAUAAUUAUGUCAUAUGAGAUGUGGUGUUUCUGGUUUUGUGUUCAUUACCCUCAUGCUGCCUAUCCGCGUAUGCAUAUAAAUGCAGUUAUAAUAAUUCAUUUCAUAAUAAUGUGCGUAGCUUUUAUUAUCAUUUUUGUUUCUCUGAGGACAUCUGUUUGUAUAUGCGAUGUUUUCAUUUGAGCAGCUUUUCCCAUUGCUAUUUCUCCCCCGAAUUCGUUUCAGGAAUAAAAGCUGAGCUUCCCGAAUAGGGUGCUUACUUUAGUCCCGAUUAUUCUCCAAAAUUUCUCCUCAUCCAUACACAUGGGUGCGAUAUUUCUACAUGAACAGUGAAAAAUCAAGACUAUAUACGCUAUUUCCACGAUCUAGUUACGUCUAUUACUCUUAAACGGAGUUGUUCCCCCCAAUCUUCGCCCUCCCAUCCCUCAUUCGCGUAACAUACCCACUUCACACCCUUCCGUUCACCUCCAUCCCACUCUCAACCCUACGAUGAAGACACCUCCGCUCCCAACAGCAAUCGCAUAUCCGGAUCCGCCUUAGCCAUUGCUCUCUUAUACCCGUCUCUCCCGCCAACUCCCGCCAAAUAACCCAGAAUCCCAUCAUACCCACGCAAGCUAUACGCAAACCAAUUCCUAAACGUCGUCAACGAAAACACAACCAUAAUAUUCGCCGCCGUAAACUCAUCGCCGGCCAACCACGUUGCACCAUCACCGCCCUCGCUUUUCGGCUUGAAGCGCUUGUCCAGAUUCUCCAGGGACCGCGUCAGCCUGUCAUUCCAGAGGGCUACUAUGGGAUUGGGAUUGGGAUUGGCGACGGGAUCCCGGCCCCGGGUCCCAUCGCCGCCGCCGCCGGAGCCAGCAUUCAACAUCAUGAGGCGUCCCAGAAAUGGCUGAAACGUGCCAUUGGCCUAGUGGAAAUAGUAGACGAAGUCCGCACAGUCAUGAUGGCUUGGUGGCAGGAAUAGUCUGCCGUUGCCGUGUUUCUGGCAGAUGUACUGGACACAUGCGCCGCUUUUUGAGAGAGUUAGGGUUCACGUAUUCUCUCCAUAUCGUCCGUAGGGAGAGGGAAAGUAUCUUGAAUGAUCGGUAGGGAGCCGGAAGGGUGCAGUGCUUUAUAUUUGUAGGUUUUAACUCGUAGGGGAUGUCAAGUUCUUCGCAGAGCCAGGUGAUGAGGUCGGAUUGGAAGUUGUGGAGGUAGUGGAUGGUUAGGGGCAUGGUUGUUUUUUUAUGUUGAUCUUUCAGGGGUGUAUAAUGGAAAUGAUUGUUCAUUGACGUGUGUAGCUUUGGAGCAGCGAAUAUGGGAUUGGAGGUUUAUCCAUAUCGGCCGAUUUCCCGUUGGAUAUAUGGAAACCCAUCAUUGGAGUGGGAUGACAAGGAGACCUGCAAAAUAUGUCAGCUGAAGUGGUCUAACUUAGAAAAGUAGUUAUCAAUCCCGGCUUUCUUCUCCUAUAUCCGUCUACUACGCAGCUAGGUGGUUUUCGGGCCAAGUACCAACUUUGGUCGCGUAACUAUGGUUUCGCGGCCUAAUGGCGCCGCUGCUUAAACAAAGCGACAUAACUAAUUGUAGGAGGAUUCAUGUUGUGUGUGUUAUAUAAAUAGUCUAGCUAGAUAUGAUUGCAGUACCG